UUUGGCGGUUGCCUUUUUCUUUUCCACUUCGCGUCAUUUUCACUGCUGGAACUUCCCGCUUCGUGUUCUCUUCCUUCUUAGAAGAGAAUCAUGGCUGCUCCAAACGAAAUUCCUUCCACUAAGAAAUGGCUGCCUCUCGAAGCUAACCCUGAUAUCAUGAACCAGUUUCUAAGGGGCCUAGGUCUGCCAGUGGAUGAAGCAGAGUUCUAUGACGUGUAUGGUUUGGAUGAUGAACUCUUGGAAAUGGUUCCCAAGCCUGUGCUUGCUGUGCUUUUUCUUUAUCCCCUUACUGCUGAGACUGAAGCAGAGAGAUUGUCAGAGAAAGAGAGUUUGAAGAAGGAACCAAGUGAAAAAGUUUAUUACAUGAAACAAACCGUGGGUAAUGCUUGUGGAACUAUUGGACUUCUUCAUGCAAUAGGAAAUGUCUCUUCAGAGAUUAGGCCUUGCGAGGAUUCGUACCUUGAUAGAUUCUUUAAAUCAACUGCUCACAUGGAUCCAAUGGAGCGUGCUUUAUUUCUUGAGAAAGACACGGAAAUGGAGGAUGCACAUUUAGUAGCAGCUAGUGCUGGUGAUACUGAGGCUCCUGAUAUCAAUACAAGUGUGGACACUCAUUUCAUUUGCUUAUCAUGUGUGGAUGGAGAACUUUAUGAGCUUGAUGGAAGAAAGUCGCAACCAAUAUCACAUGGUCCUUCUUCACCCAGCAGCUUGUUGCAGGAUGCGGCAAAAGUCAUAAAAGGAAUGAUCCAAAAGAACCCCAAUUCAAUAAAUUUCAAUGUUAUUGCACUCUCGAGGAAGAGUGCUGGAGCAUUGUAAAGCUUUGUUUCCUUGCAUCUACACCUCAAUAUGUUUCUUCUAGCCUUUUAUUUUUUUAC